GUACUAGGGCUUAUGGAUCGUGGGCCGAUGCUAACUGGGCGACCCGUUUUAGGGGUUUGAGUGAGUAUAUUAGAAAACCUAGAUUAACUCUUUCUUCCUUCGUUCCUUCUUCCUUCAUUUCCAUUUGCGCGAUCGAUUCAUUCAUUCAUUCGAAUAGGAAUUGAGAGAAGAAGAGUCUCUCUUCUCAAACUCAACUCAACUCUCGUUCCUUCCAUUAUUAUUACUAUCUCAGAACCACUGCUGCCAAAGCAACAAACCACCCAUGGCUCUCACCCUUCACGCUACCAAGGAAAACAAAAAUGCUUACAAGACUCUAAUUACCGCUGAAUAUGCCGGCGUUCAAGUUCAAUUGGUCCCAGAUUUUCAGAUGGGUGUUUCCAACAAAACUCCUCAAUUUCUCAAGAUGAACCCUAUUGGAAAGGUUCCUGUCUUGGAAACCCCUCACGGUUCUGUCUUUGAGAGCAAUGCCAUUGCUCGCUAUGUUGCCCGAUCCAGUGAAAACACUUUGUUUGGAUCAUCUCCCAUUGAUCAGGCCCACGUUGAUCAGUGGAUUGAUUUUUCUUCUUUGGAGAUUGAUGCCAAUAUUAUCAAGUUGUACCUGCCAAGACUUGGAUUUGCCCCCUACCUUCCUCCAGCAGAGGAGGCUGCAAUUGCUGCAUUGAAGAGAUCAUUUGAGGCUUUGAACACUCACCUUGCCCAAAAUACCUAUCUGGUCGGGGAUUCUGUUACCCUUGCCGACAUCAUUACAACAGUCAACUUGUAUUUGGGUUUCUCUAAACUCUUGGUCAAGAGUUUCACCUCAGAGUUUCCUCAUGUUGAGAGAUACUUCUGGACCUUGGUCAACCAGCCAAAUUUCAGAAAGAUAUUAGGCCAGGUUAAGCAGACUGAAGCUAUGCCACCUAUUCAAUCUGCAAAGAAGCCUGCCCAGCCUAAGGAAUCAAAGCCCAAAACCAAAGAAGAACCAAAGAAAGUGUCUAAAUCAGAGCCCGAAAAGCCCAAAGAAGAAGCUGAAGAGGAGGCACCCAAGCCCAAACCCAAGAAUCCUCUUGAUCUUCUUCCUCCAAGCAAGAUGGUAUUGGAUGACUGGAAAAGACUCUACUCUAACACAAAGACUAACUUCCGUGAGGUUGCAGUCAAUGGAUUCUGGGACAUGUAUGAUCCGGAGGGAUAUUCUCUCUGGUUUUGUGACUACAAAUACAAUGAUGAGAACACUGUUUCUUUCGUGACACUGAACAAGGUUGGAGGAUUUCUUCAGAGGAUGGAUCUUGCUCGCAAGUAUGCAUUUGGAAAGAUGCUUGUGAUUGGAUCAGAGCCUCCAUUUAAGGUGAAGGGAUUGUGGCUUUUCCGUGGUCAAGAGAUUCCAAAGUUUGUCAUUGAUGAAUGCUAUGACAUGGAGCUAUAUGAGUGGACCAAGGUUGACAUCUCUGAUGAAGCUCAGAAAGAGCGUGCCAGUCAGAUGAUUGAAGAUGCUGAACCUUUUGAGGGUGAGGCUCUUUUGGAUGCUAAGUGCUUUAAGUGAAAAUUGUUCCUAGUUCCCAUUGAAAGGCUAUGGUUUUGUCGUGACUUUUUGGUAGAGUUUCGUUUCUUUCCUAUUUUCUGCUAUAGUGAAGUUUGAGAUAUUUUGUGAUUUUAUCAACGUUGAAACCUAAAUGCUUGAUUGUGGUAGAUUAAUUUUGAUGGUAGCA